CCAUCAGGCGUACUAGGGUCAUUACAAAUUCCCACCUGCAGCUUUUGACUUCGCCGAGCUGACGACCACUUUGCCGGGAGGCUCGUGCGCCGACGUAAUCUCUCAUCAGCAGCCCUGAGUCGCCCUCGUGCCUGGCCGAUCCGCUUCCAGCAUCACUACUGUAUCCUGCUUGCUGGAAACCAUGGCCGUCAUUACGACACCUCCUCCUUCCUCACCUUGGCUGGUGUCCCUGAUCUUCAAUCACCUUCCUUCAUUCACGUCACUCCUUAAAGUCAUACCGGUCGUCCUUCUCAUCUGGAUAUUUAUUAUCAAGACCUUCGUCCUCGUGCCCGCUGUGCUCGCCGCUGCUCAGCUCGAUGGCAUUCUAACGCAGAUCACCUCCAUUGGCGGUGACAUCACUUCCAUCGGUGGUAACAUCGCCACCCAGGUCACUUCUCUCGGCGGCAACGUUGCGACUUUUGUUACAAGCGCUGGUGGUGGUGUCCUUGCGACCGUUACCUCAGAUGCUGCCGGUGCCUUCGCGACCGUAACUUCAAAAGCUGCCGGUGCCGCCUCGACCGCGACCUCCGCACUCGGCGGAGUAGCGACCACGCUCUCCACCGGAGCCAACGGCGUGGUCGCCACCGUCACUUCAGCCGUGAAUGGAGCUGCCUCGACUGCCUCUUCGCGUGUUGGAGGCGCCGGAACCACAAUCUCGAAUGCUGUCAACUCGGCCACCACCCGUACAACCACCAACGGCAACGGCUCUAUCAUGGUCGUCACUUCCACGAGCACACCUUCAGGCGCAGCCUACCCGACUGCUGUCCCCGCUGUUGCUGGUGGUCUGCUCGGCGCUGGUCUUGCCGUCAUCGCCCUCCUAUAGAAAGACAUUUCUCGGUCAGAUAUUGCGGCUCAACGGAAUCGGACACCACUUGCAAUACGGGGAAGGUCGUGAGUGACUGGAUCUCAGCAUAAUGUUUAUUUA